CGCUCCUCCCGCCGGCAGGAGGGGCAGCAGCGGCGGUGUGCGGCCGGCGCCGUGAGACCGCGGACUCGCUCCCUGCAGCCUCCACUACUCGAGGCCGGGGCUGGGUCCGGGGCCUGCUCGCCGCUCGCCGCCGCCAUGCCGCUGCCCAUGUUGCCGAGUCACAGCGGGCUGGUGCGGAGGAUCCUGGCGCACUUCCCGCGGGACCUGAGCCUGGCCUUCGCCUACGGCUCGGGACUGUUCCCACAGGCUGGGCGGCCCGGACCCGGACCCGGGAAUAAUGUGCUGGAUUUUGUCUUUGCCGUUGAUGAUCCCGUGACCUGGCACACAAUGAAUAUUAUGAAAAAUCCACAGCAUUAUUCUUUCUUGCGAUUUUUUGGACCAAAGCACGUCAGUAAAAUACAGAAUAAUUAUGGAGCUGGAAUAUAUUACAAUACAUUAGUACCAUGUGAUGAGAGGAUAAUCAAAUAUGGUGUUAUCAGUACGGGGACUCUGAUUGAAGACCUUCUUCAUUGGAAAAAUUUAUACAUUGCUGGAAGACUGCACAAACCUGUGAAAAUUUUGAUCCAAGAUGAAAAUGGCAAAUUGCAAGCUGCAUUGGCUAAGAAUCUGAAGAGUGCAGUGAUGGCAGCCUUUCUCAUGCUGCCAGAAUCAUUUACUGAGGAGGAGCUCUACGUCCGUAUCGCUGGGCUGUCUUACUAUGGUGAUUUCCGAAUGAUUAUAGGAGAAGACCGAUCGAAAGUAAUGAAUAUUGUCAGUGCAAAUAUGGAAAAUUUCCAAAGACUCUACAAUCAUAUUUUACAGGAGUGCCCUCAAGUGGUCUAUAAGCAGCAUUUGGGUAAAUUAGAGCUCGAUAAAAGUCCAGAAGGUCAAUUGAAUCUAUUGAUGGCUUUGCCCAGAACUCUUCAACAAGAAAUUACUCGUUUGGUAGAUCAACCAGGAAAAAAUAGAGAUGUAGAAGAGAUUCUACUUCAAGUAGCUCAAGACCCAGACUGUGGAUUGGUAAUACAGCUAAGUGUAGCUGGUAUCGUAAAAACUUCAAGUAUAACCCAAAGUGCAAAAGGAAUCCUUACUGCUGGUAUGAAAAAAUCAAUUAUCUACAGCAUGAAGAAGAUGCAUAAAAUGUGGAGGGGCUGGAGAAGAAAAGCUGUCAAAAGUGUUUGCUAAUUAUAAUUUAAACUACAUUUUUUUUAUGAAGCUUAUCAGCUAUUUGGCUUUUUUCACAAGUCCCUGGGAUAAUUUAUAGAAUCAUUGUUUGUAAAGCCUGGAGAGUAACCCUUUUUCCACUCAGUAUCGUCAAUAGUAACUCAAUGCCUUUCAUUCCCAAAUAAUUUUAUGAAUACAUAUUUACAAUAUAUACUUUGCAUUGGUCAUCAUUAAAAUGUAACGGAACAUCAAUGUAAAUAUCCAAGUGUUGCAAUAGUAGGCAUUUAGAGAUCAGUGGGUUAUUAGGAUCUUGUUAUCAUGCAAACUGAAUAAAGGUAAAUACAUCAAUAGGAAACUUAGGUUCUAUAAUUGUUAUUUAACCAUCUGUAAAUGAAUUUCAUUUACCAACAUUGCAAUGUUGCAGUGGGCAUGCACAUUUUGUUUAUUUGUGAAAUUUGUUUUCAGAUCACUUGGAAAACAUUUUUAACUAUGUUGAUUUAACGGAACAUUGAAUAAUUGAACACUGUAUUAAAUCAACAUGGUUCGGAGAAGAUUAAGCUACUGUCCUUGUUCAUAUUGAAUUCUGUCUUUACUUUGUGUACUAGUCAUGUCUCUACUAUUUAUUUCAUUCCCCUUACAUGUUUUUCCUCUAACUGCUAAAUUUUUGUAAGGUGUCCUUGAGACUCUUGAAAGGCGCCCAUAAAUAAAAUGUAUUAUUAUUAUUAUUAUUAUUAUUAUUAUUAUUAUUAUAUGAUUGGCACUGCACCAUUUGGUGAAUUUACCCAUUGAACUUAUUUACUUUCUUCAGUGCAGGAGAUGGCCAUUCGGCCCAUUGCAUUCAAACCAGCUGCCAAAUGCAAGACAUUCAAGGCAGCAAGACAGCCAACAGUCUGUCUGUUGGUUCGUCUUGUUUUAAUCUUUAGUGUAUGUUAAAAGUCUGUGUAAAUGUUCUCCGGUUUGGUUUAUGGGGGAGGGGGAUUUUUUUUUCAGUUUCUUACCUUGCCGGAGAUGCGAUUAUUUUCCGGAUCGCAUCUCCGGUCACUCUGCAGCCUACCAUCGAUGGAGUAGGAGGCCUCCUCGGACUGACUUUGUGCCCCACAGCGGGACGUGGACUUAACUUCGGAGCCGAUCCCUUGUUUGGGAUCGCUCCAACCGUGGCCUACGGACUUACCUUCAAGGGCUCGCAGUCUCGUGAGAGGUUAGUCGGGAGCUCCAACAUCACAGAAGCUCAACCAGCUCCGACACGGAGUUUGAUCGUCGGCGCGGGGGAGCUGACAUCCUCCCGAUGCGGAGGGCCCGACCGCCAGCUGUGGGAGUCAAGUUCGUCCCAUCAACGGAAGGCUCGAGCCCCUGACCACGGGAGAACAUUGAAGGGGAGAAAUUUGAACUUUUUUUUACCUUCCAUCACAGUGAGGAAUGUGGAGGAGUCACUGUGGUGGAUGUUUAUGUUAAAAUGUAUUCUGUGUGUUCCGUUGCAUUUUAUUGGUAUGACUGACUUGGCAAAUGUAAUUCCUCGUUUGUUGCAAAACAUACUUGGCUAAUAAAGUAUUAUUAUGAUUGUGUGAAA